UUAAUCUAUGUAUAAAUAUUUAUGUGCCGCCCCAUAUAGAAAGUAAUUUGAAAAUGCAUGGGGCUGGAAAACACCGGCCACCAUCUGCGACGUGCAGCAGCCAAGAAGACUUGUGUACAUAUGCAAAAACUAGUGAAUACCCCGAAUGCUGCAUGCUUAAGCAAACAAUUUGAAUAAAAUUGCACGCUGCUGGCAGUAAUAUCCUCAACAUGUCCCUGGCCUUUGACGUGGACAACUCUAGUGGGAACGCAGCAUAUCACAAUUUAGCUGCCAACAGCGUUAACGAUACAAAUAAAGUGACAGCAACAACCUCACUCUCCUCGUCGCUUCCACAAAGAUAUCGAUUGUGGAUGCGACAUUGUCGCCUCUACAAGUUAACACUUCUAAUUCUGCUACUUUUGGUGCUGCUCCCACUGCUGGCGCAUCGCAAGCUGCUCAAUGUGGAGCACGAUGCACCCCAGACAGAUGUGCAUCGCAGUCGACCACUACUCGAUGCCUACGAGGAUUUCAGUGCGAUGCGGGCCGGCGAUCUAAAAAUGCGCAUCGAGGAAAUGCUCCGCAUCAAGAGCACCGUUUCUGUGGAGCUGCGCGAAUUAGAAUCGCGUCGCCAGAAGCUGCAGUCUGACAUUAGCUUGUACAAUCAAAAGAUCGAGGAACUGAAGCAGGAGCUAUUGCGCGAACAGACCGAACUGGAGCGUCUCAAGAUCUCCGUGGAGCAGGCGCAGGUGGCGCAACGCGAAGCCGUCCAGCGAAACACUCCUGAUUUGGCUUUGCCACGCACCUUGUUGCCCAGCUAUUUGCCACGCAAAAUGAAUGCGAUCAGUGCUGGCGUGGCCGCUUCGUGUGAGAUUCAUAAUUGUUUUGAUCACUCACGGUGCAGUCUUACGUCCGGUCUUCCGGUCUAUCUCUACGAUCCGGAUGUUUACAAUGUGCAGCAUGCUGGCUACGAUAUCGAUGGCUUCCUAAAGACGACCAUUAAACAAACACUGGGUUAUAAUGCGCACAUUGUGCGUGAUCCGAAGCAGGCCUGCAUUUAUCUCGUUCUGGUGGGUGAGGCACUGCUGGAGCAGGAUCUGCUGCGCAACAAUCGCUAUGCGGCACAGGAACAGGCCGCUGAACAACAACAGCAGGAGCGUUCACCGUCCAGCGAUGAUGCUGGGAAUCUAUCGCCAUCUAUCGAUAUGGAGAAGCUGUAUAAGUUGCCACAUUGGGGCGGCGAUGGACGCAAUCAUGUUUUGCUUAAUUUAGCACGUCGCGAUCUCAAUUCGGCACGCACCAAUCCGCUGCUGGAACAGAACACGAUGCGUGCCAUAAUCGUGCAGAGCUCCUUUGAUCGUGGCCAGUUCCGGCCUGGCUAUGAUCUAAUUGUGCCGCCCAUUCUGGGCCCGCCCGGUGGCGAUGUGUGGCAGGAGUGCGCAAGCAUGGUGCCAGCUCGACGCAAGUUCUUGCUCACAUUUCAGGGUGAACUACGGCCUACUUCGGCAGCUCAACCCGCCCAGCCGCUGGAUGACUUCAUACUUGAUCACCUGCGAGAUAUGUCGCGUAGUGCCACGCAGGAUCAGUUUAUGUUGCAAUUCCAGUGUGUUCCCGCAACGGAGCAACAAGACGCAGACACCUUGGGCGACUGGACACUUUGCGGCUCGGACUCCUCGCGCAAACAGCUGCUCAAGGAUUCCACAUAUGUGCUAAUCCUGCCACCGUUGGGUCAACGAGUCAGCUCCACACUAAUGUUGGCCCGUCUCUAUGAAGCGUUGCGCUCCGGCGCCGUGCCCGUCAUUUUGGGUGCGGAUGAGCUGCGUCUGCCAUAUGCGGAGACCAUCGACUGGCGGCGUGUUGCCCUCCUGCUGCCCAAGGCACGCAUAACCGAGCUGCAUUUCCUGUUGCGUGCCGUUCAAGAUGCGGAUUUGUUGCUCUUGCGUCGUCAGGGUCGCCUCAUUUGGGAACGCUAUCUGAGUUCAGUGCAGGCCACGGUGGACACUGUGAUAGCCAGUUUGCGGGAUAGACUGGGCAUACCGCCACGGCCGGUGCCAUCGUUUGUCGCCCAGAGUGUCUUCAAUAGCACCUUCAUACCGUUGAAAUCGGAGCCGCCGGUGGGCAUGGACACCGAACCUGAAGAAUCGCUUGGCCCCAUUGAGCCACCCUAUGCAAGUCCAGCAUUCCGACGCAACUACACCGUCCUACGCAUACAUUCGCGCGAAGCCUGGAACGAUUGGAUGGAUCCAUUCUACCUGUAUCCACAACUACCCUCGGAUCCAGCUCUGCCGUCCGAGGCAAAGUUCAUGGGUUCACAUACCGGUUUCCGACCGAUUGGCAAAGGUAUCGGUGGCGCUGGCAAGGAGUUCAGUGAGGCACUGGGUGGCAAUUAUCCGCGCGAGCAGUUCACCAUUGUCAUCCUGACAUAUGAACGAGAACAGGUGCUCAUGGACUCAUUGGGUCGCCUAUACGGCCUGCCCUACCUCCACAAAGUGGUCGUCGUAUGGAACUCGCCCAAGCCACCCUUGGAUGAUCUACGCUGGCCGGACAUUGGUGUUCCAGUCGCCGUGGUUCGGGCGCCACGUAAUUCGCUGAAUAAUCGCUUUCUGCCCUUCGAUGUGAUCGAAACGGAAGCAGUUCUAUCUGUGGACGACGAUGCUCAUUUGCGGCACGACGAGAUCUUGUUCGGGUUUCGCGUGUGGCGAGAACAUCGCGACCGGGUCGUCGGUUUCCCGGGUCGCUAUCACGCCUGGGACCUGAGCAGCAACAGCAUGUGGCACUACAAUUCGAACUACAGCUGCGAGCUGAGCAUGGUGCUAACCGGUGCCGCCUUCAUCCAUAAGUAUUACAUGUAUCUGUACACCAGUCAGCUGCCACAGGCCAUUCGCGACAAGGUCGACGAGUAUAUGAACUGUGAGGACAUUGCCAUGAAUUUUCUUGUCUCACAUUUGACGCGUCGGCCGCCUGUCAAGGUCACUUCGCGUUGGACGUUCCGUUGUCCCACGUGCCCCGUGUCACUCAGCGAGGAUGACACACACUUUCAGGAGCGGCACAAGUGCAUCAAUUUCUUUAGUCAAGUCUUUGGCUAUACGCCGCUGUUAAACACUCAAUUCCGGGCCGAUUCGAUUCUGUUCAAGACGCGAAUUCCACAUGACAAGCAAAAAUGCUUCAAGUACAUUUAGUUUCUCAGAUUUAGACUCAGACUCCGACUCCACAUAUCAUUCACUAGCGAGCGAGCGUACUUAUGCUGACUCUUAUAUACCCACUCUUAUAUGGUGAUCUUUAUAUAUUAUUCUGACUGUUAUCUGUAAAGCAGAAACUUAAUAAAUCAAUAAUUUAUGUUAUAUGUAAAUAGGAUAUGUCAUCAAACAAUAGUUGCCAUAUAUAAAUAAAUUCUAGGUUCCAGCUUCGACUUGUCGAAGAUGGAUGCAUAGCUAACCCAAAGUGUUUGUAAGACUUUUAAUAUGUGCUAAGCUCUGUGACUUUGUAUAUAAUGAAAAUAAAUGAAAUAUACAUCAA